GGUAAAGAGUUUAAGAUGAAGGUGCAGCUUGCGCGUCACUGCGCGAGCAUCCACGGCCUCGCCCUGCGCUCCGGAUCGCCGCGUCCCAUCGUGAAGACGCGCGCGGCGUUCUGCCUGCAGACGACGCUGCUCACGCGGCUCGCACGCCGGCUCUGCGCCGAGCUGCUGCGACCGCGACACUCAGCACGCGUGCCGUUCGAGGCGAUCAACGCGGCGGCGAUCAAGGCAGAGUGUCAGCACCGGCUACCCGAAGCAAGGAAGACUCUAGGUAAGAACGCGCCGAAGCAACGAGACGGUGUGGAGAAGGUGGUCUCACGUCUCGGCAUCGACCUCGCGACCAGCAAGCCGGACUGUCUCAGCCGCGAGCAGAGGGAGCCACAGGACGCGGCGGCGGCGGGCGGAGGUGGCGGCGACCCGGGGGAGGCGGCGGCGGCGAAGCCUGCAGCAGCUGUCACGUCACACGAGGCGCGCAUAUCACAGCGUAAGAGCCAGCAUCCUGCGAGAUCCGUCGCGGACCCGCUGCAGCGCAUGUCCGAGAUGGUUCCCGGUGCGUCCAUCGGCAACCAGGCACCGUCGAUGCUGCGCAAGAGAGGAUACGAGGAAGGAGGAGGCGACUACAUGGGAGGAACCAGACUGAAAGCCCCGCCGGCAAAGCGACCAAUAAUUACUCCGAGUCCCCACACGAGGGCGGUGCUGCAGCGUCCGGGCGCCGCGUACGGAGCCCAGCGCAUGCAGGCGCUCAUGGGACAGGAGUUCGCGAAGGGACGCAUGACGAUGUCGCGACACGGACCGAAGCGCCAUCUGCUGAGCUGGGUCGAAGCUCCAGACGACGUUUACUUCCACGCCACCGACGCAACACGGAAGAUCCGGCGACAGCUGACAACCUCCGACCUUCGUCGCGUCGCGCGGAAACCGUGGCGACGACUCAACGUGAAGACCCCUGGUGGCGGAGGUGGAGGCGGAGGCGGCGGCGGUGGGCGCCCUGAACAGGUCGUCGUCCUUGACUAGGGGGCGCCGGUGUUGCCGACAACGGAGCUACUCGAUCCCCUCCGCGCGCACGCGAUGUUCCGUUGUUUUGCAAUUUUGCGCACGACAUGGAGGUCGUGGAUGGUGCGCCACCUAUGAGCAUUUAACAACACUAGUUGCGUCUAUGUAUUUUUCCAGUCAUGGAGGGUACAGUCACGCACGUGCGCACGCGCAGCAUAAUCUAAUUCGGCCCAGAGAAUGCGCUGUAGUCGAGUUGUCACUGUAGUCCGUCGCGGAGGGAACGGGUGAGGGACUGGGGCGGAGACGUUCAAAUGUAUGAUCCGAUGUACAGGUCAACAAAGGUCAAUGUCGCAUGACGUCACGUCAGAUGGCUCCCUCGCAGGCCGUCCCUGCCUGCGCGUCUGCAACCCGCGAGUUUGGAGUUUCGGAGCAGUCGGUGAAUUGUUGAUCUUGUCAUAUAUACGGGCGUUACAUCACACUACUCCUAGAAGAUUGUUUGACGCCGUUUAUUCUUGAGGUUCGGAUUUGUCGAUUUGGGAUCUUGAUGCAGUUACUAUGAUCUAUAUGCGUACUAAGUGUGAAUUAAUAUGUAAUAGCGUUCCUGCAAUGUGCAUAUGUAUGUAUGUAUGUGUCAGCGACUCAUUGAUUGAUGAAUUCAUGUGUUUGGUGUUGAAAGAAAGCCUUUAUCGUUGCUGUAAUAUCCACUAUUGAGUAGGCAUUCUUCAAAAUGCUCGUACGGUUUCAUGACGGUGUAAUAUUGUGUUAGGUGUUUAGAAGUUGCGUAUACACUAGUUUUCAGGAAGUGAGGAAGCUCCACAGUGCAUCUAAGAUGUGUUUUGUCCUGUUACAAACUUGUCGUUGUAACUGUUUUGGAGGUAGCAGCUGAUUUUUGUCGUCAAGAAUACCCUGUAUCGCUAAGAUUUUAUAAAUAAAUGCACAUAACUGAAAACGUUAAA